CAACCUAUACAGAAACUGAAAUUUCCCUUUUUUUUUUUCCCGAUUGUAAAAUUCAUCAGAGUAUCUGCCGGCGGCGAGUGACCCGAAAAGGAUCCAGCUAAGAGUGAAGAUGAACACAGACAUAACAGCAUCGGCGAAGCCGGAAUAUCCAGUAGUAGAUCGGAAUCCAGCAUUUACUAAAACCGUUGCUAAUUUCAAUACGCUCGAUUACCUCCGUCUUACCACUAUCACCGGCAUUUCCGUCACCGUCGGUUACCUAUCCGGAAUAAGGCCAGGGAUUAGGGGGCCAUCGAUGGUUACCGGAGGUUUGAUUGGGCUAAUGGGUGGUUUCAUGUACGCUUACCAGAAUUCUGCAGGCAGGCUCAUGGGUUUUUUCCCAAAUGAAGGAGAGGAAAGUAACUGUUGCCGUGGAAGUUGUAAAAAUACUUUUGACACUUAGCUUAGUGAUGAAUCUGAACAUAGGAUAGGACAGCGAGAAGCCGAGAAUCACUCCAUCUGCAUAGUAACUCAUCGUCACAAGUAAAAAGGAUGCUUUUGCUGGGAACCAGUUAAUUAAGAUGCAGGCAUGCUUUUGGAGGGGAGGGGAGAUGACUUGCUUUAAGUUCUUGAUGUUAACUAUUUCCCUGCAGACGGGUUACACCGAUAUAGUAGCAAUUGCUUAUCCUUGUCGAAAAUAAUGUCAAGCAAAAAAUGGCUGGAAGUCCUAAAUAUUCAACUAGAUGUUUCAUCUUUAAAUUCGGGUGGCCAACACCACUUGUUAAACGUUUUCUAAGUUGCUUUUAAGUUUUGUUGUUGCA